AUGUCCUCCCCCGCGCCACCACCACCAAUGCCCUCUAUCAGAGAGGAAAUAUACCGCCGCGCCCUUCUAAAGGGCAUCUCCAAAGAGGAGGUCACUCGCGUCUUUGGCCAAAAGGUCAAAGACGUGAGGGGCCUCCUCCACGGACGUUCCCAUCUGUCAAAUCUGCAACGCGCAGAGUACUUUGUCUGGGCCCAUUUUUGUAAGUUGCUACCUCUUCACAGUAUCUUCAGCUUUGAAGUGUCUGUUCUUGGCUAUAUGCGCUUCGAUCCUCGAAGCUCAAGGCUGACCAUCUUUGCGAUACAGUUCAGGAUGAGCCAUUUCCUGGAAAGAUUGACCCUGCUGCCGCUGCCGCUGCCGCUACUCUGCUCUCUCCGUCCUCCCCAUCCUCCUCAUCUCCCGCCCCGCUGGGCCAGACCCAGCUCCAACAGCUCGCAGAGAGCACUGGCUCUGCGAGGAUGGACUUGCUGUUUAGCAGCAGUCCUGUGGAUGUGGUGGAGAGAAGAGGAUCUGGUGGAGUUCCUUGGGUCCAUGACAAGUAUCGCGACCUCCCAAGACAACGAGAAGCGGAUAGAUAUAGACCAGAACGCCCCGCCUCUCGCUCUGACAGACAAUCAGAGGUUGUCCCACCUCCUGUGCGUCUAGAAGCCGCAAAAGCACGCCCCGCCGACAUGUCCAAGGAAUUAUUCCGCGUCCAGGAAGAUAUUUUGCAAAGUGAAGUUCUUGCACUGGGUCACAAGAGGAGCGAGUUUUUCAUUUAUCUCCAGGACGCUCGUAUGCAAGCAAGAAAUGAACACCCAAAUUGCUCUCAAGCAGUCAAACAUUAUCUUGCAAAUUCUGCUGUUUGGAGAGAGUUCGGUGGGUUUUGAUCCCCUGGCACGUACUUCUUUAAUGCUAAUGACUCAAAAGUUGGUGGAAAGUAUCCCGGCUCUGCGCCAGAUCCACAGGAGCAUAGCACGACCUGCCUCCUUGAUAGAGCUCCGGACCAGUUCCUAGACAUGUCUAGCUUUCGCUUUGCCCAUCAGCAAGUUCGCUCAAACCAUCCAACACCUCGAGCUAUCAAAGAGUCUAUGAAGGUUGCCGCCGAGGUUUCUGUCAAAGCGCCCUUCAUACAUCCUGACCGAGCCCCCAUUAUAUCUUCAGCCAACCCCUCCUCCAGAUCCUCAGCAUUUCCGUCAGAGUCUGGACCCGUUGAUGACCGAGCUGAUAAUACCGAGUUGACUGCUCGUGCUGCCGUCUCAGUACAAGAACCAAAAGUGGCCAAACCAGCUCAGAUCCAACCACCACAAGGCUAUCUUAUUGUACAGGGAAAGCUCAUACCUUGUCGGCUUGAGGAUAUCAAGAAUGUUACGUAUGCUUGGAUGACAGACUGUCACCGGGGGGUUGUUGAGGAAAGCCUUGGGUGCAAGUUCGCCGUUAUUCAGAGAACACCAGACAGUGGAUUCCGUUUAAAUGUUGUUGCUGCGGAGCCACACAGUAGCUCUGUUGUUGAAAAGAAUGGCAUUAAGUUCUUGAAUAAGUGGGUUGAGCAUAUCCUUGGUGGGGAUGCUGUACAGAUGUCUGUUUAUGUAAGUCCCUAUUCAACUCCAAGUCCUUUCCCUACUCGCUCUGCCUUUCAUUCUUUGUUGCAAAAGUAUGUAGAAACUAAUUUCUCAUUAUCUAGUGGACUUUCCACGCUCAAGCUCAUGGUCUCGCAAACUCGACCGUUGAAACGAACUAUGGUUCAUCUGCCCGACUCGUAUCCGACCCUCUGAAAGCAGAUUCUAGGGCAAAUAGUACACCUGUCACCUCAGACUGUGGCUCAUCUGCUCCACAGUCACCCGCUCCUAUCAAGUCGGCUACUGGUGCAAAUAACACACCCAUUGGCACGAAACAUGGUCCACCUGUCUUUCGUCCAGUUGCCCCAAUGCAAGAAGAUACUGGAGGAGAUAUCACACCUGCUGGCACAAAAUAUGGUUCAUCUCCACUCGCAUCCAGCUCUAUGAAAGCUAUGAAAGCAGCAACAGGGGCAAAUGGCACAGCGAAUUAUGGUACAUCUGCUCCCACAUCAUCUGCUCUUGGAAAAUCGGCGACUGGCGCAAAUGAUACACCUGUUGGCCCACGUCGAUUUAAUAACACAACAACGAGUCUCAAUACUUCAAACAAAACAGUUGUUAAGAAGUCUGAAUCUGAGAAUGAAUUUUCGGAGGAAGAGUACGAAAGUGAUGUGGAGAUAUAUUGUGGUGAGCCUUCAGUCUCAACCUGGAAGCUUGGAGAAAAGCGCAAGGCAGAUGAUGAUAAGAAGUAUGGUCAGGCUGAGAAGAAACAAAAAGUAGACUGA